GGUAAUUCCCAAAUUGAUCCACCUUUGUCUUCAAACGACGGGCCAAUGUCAUCCGGAGAAGGCAAACUCACAGAUAACUGUGAUCCACCACCGUUGCCUGCCUCAGUUGGUGGUGACUUAGUUCUUGGACCCAUUGGCGGUGAUAGCAGCGCUGAAGAAAGAAACUUGACAGAACAUCAUUUGGGCCAUUUUCGUGAUGACCCUUUUGGUUUUAUGAUGCAAAUGGGUGCGUUUUAUCAAGGAACGGGGUGGAGAAGUUAUAGAAAUUAUAUUGGAACUCGAAUAUAUUACGAGGGGUACACAGACGAAAUGAGAGAACGUGUAUUAAAUAGCGAACGUGUUCUUUACAUGAUCGCUUAUUUAGCUGAAAAGCAGGUCACCCUUCUUUCUCAAACAUUACCAAAUGCUACCCCAAAAAUGAUCGCUAAACGAAAAAAAAUACUAGAAAAAGAAUUACAGGUUGUAGCUAAUGGAAUGGUGGAUAAAUUAAUUGCCGACCUUAAUAGUAUACGAUUUCUUAGGUUUUUCGUCUUUUUUGUCAAUAAUAUACUGGUGAGAAUGUAUCAUCAAGGAAUACAUAUAUCUGAACGCGAAUUUCAAGAGUUAUUCAUAACUUCAAUAAUUCAACAGCUUCGACGUAUAGCUAUUCAUGCGGCUCAAAAUUCUCAAUCACUUAUUGUUCUUCCAUGUCAUAAAUCUCACGUAGAUUAUUUCGUUAUUUCUUACAUAUUUUUCCGUUUGGGUUUGGCCCUUCCACACAUUACCGCGGGAGAUAAUCUCGACCUGCCUAUUGUUGGUAAAGUCCUUAAACGUGGAGGUGCAUUCUUUAUUCGACGAACAUGGGGAGAAGAUCAACUUUAUGGUAGUGUUGUAAAGGAAUACGUAGAAUGCUUAUUGGAGAGCGGCCAUAAUGUAGAAUGCUUCAUUGAAGGAACAAGAAGUCGCACAGGGAAGCUUUUGCCUCCUAAACUCGGUAUCUUAAAAAUCAUUUUGGAUUGUAUACUGUCGGGCAGAGCCAAAGAUUGUUGGAUCGUACCAGUAUCUUUACAAUAUGAUAAAGUAAUCGAAACCGAGACUUAUGUUAAUGAAUUGCUGGGUACUCCCAAAGAGAGAGAAACUUUGUGGGGAGUUGUAACAAAUACUAGAUUAUUGCAAUUGAAAUGGGGACGCAUUGAUGUUUCAGUUGUAAUGCCUACUGCUCUUGUUGGAACUGUAAUAUUAACACUCCGUGGCAGAGGUGUUGGAAGGAAUGAACUAAUAAGACGAGUAGAGUGGUUAAGGGCCGCAAUUUUGGCCAAAGGAGGACGUGUUAAAGAAUUUGGUGGUAUGAGUACAGCAGAAAUCGUUGAUCGUGCAAUUACGGUAUUGAAAGAUUUGAUCAAGGAGAGGAAAGACUUAUUGGAACCUGUAUUUUAUGCAGAAAAAAGAUUCGAAUUAAGUUUUUAUCGUAACCAGGUUAUGCACUUGUUUGUUUCAGAAGCCAUGUAUACUAAGAUAAAGCAAGGUGGUGCCAGGCCAACACAACGUUUAGAUCGAAAUACCCUUUUAAAAGAGGUGGAAUUUCUUUCUCAGUUACUCAAGGGAGAAUUUAUAUAUAAUCCUGGUCAAAUUAAGACUAAUGUUGAUAAUACCUUAGUAGGAUUGAAGAAUGAUCAUGUACUUGAUUAUGAUGAUAAAUACGUGGAGUUAUCUGAUGCCGAAAGAGCUUUUGGAAGGGAAAAUUAUGAUUUUUACUGCUUUUUGAUAUGGCCUUUUGUUGAAACAUAUUGGCUUGCUGCCAUAAGUCUAUUUUCUAUGACCCCUACCAAUAUUCACCCUCAACCGGCGACUACGAUUGUAAAUAAAACCGCCAAUAGCAAACCUGUUCCUAUCACAUGGUUUAAUGAGAACGAUUUUUUAAACAAAUGUCAACUCUUUGGCAAAACACUAUAUUAUCAAGGAGAUCUCUCCUACUUUGAGGCUGUGAACAAGGAAACAUUGAAGAAUGCGUUUAUUCUUUUGGAAGAUGCUGGCGUCAUCAAGGUGAAUCGGAGCCGCAAUGCUAAAAUACAACCCACUAUUGCUUUAACACCUGAAUAUGUACCAACAAGGAAUUCUGAUGGUGUCAUUGAAGCUAAAGGAGAAUUAUGGAAUUUAGUUGAAAAGAUUGGAAAAUUUCGAAGGGAAGGAAAAAACCGUAGAGAUAAUGCUACAGUUAGUUCAAGGGUAUUGAGACUAGCUGAGAUGGUAGGUACUCCAACUACGGCUGAUGUAGUUGUGGUGACAAAUUUGAUGAGUAGACCCGCAAAGGCCGGAAAACCCGAGGCAAAACUUUAG